AUGGCUGAAUCCAACUCCAAAACCUCGAGCCGCAGCUCUUCUGUGACUCCAACCCCUGGCACACCCAACUCGUCAAUUCAGCACCACACGCUAUCAGCCUCUUCACUGCGCUCUGCGCUCAAGAAACCAUUCCAGGGGUGGAGCAAGGAGCUUCUUCGAGCACGAGACAACGACGACGACGAUUACAACUUUUCGAGUGGUAUGCGUCGUGGCGCGCAAUACUACAACGACGAGGCCUAG